UCCUGGCUCCCUCCUGCCGCGGUCCGGUGCCAGGGCGUCCAGCCAGCCAGCCAGCCAGCCGCCGGCCCUGCCGCGCGUCCACCUCUCCAUCCUUUCCCCCUCCGCCCGCCCCCCGCCCAGUCCCCGGGCUCCGGCCUUGGGGGCCAGUCCCAGGCUGGAAGCAGGGGGGUCCGGCCAUGGAGGGGGGAUCGAGCCCGGCGGGCCUGGCAGAGGCUGCCGCCGCCGCCCCCAACCCCUUCGUCCACCAGCUGCGGCUCAGCCCUCUGCAGAAAGUCAAGUUCUACGUACUGGGGGCGGUGCUGGCCCCGAUCCGUGUCGCUUUGGCCUUCAUCGUUCUGUUCCUCAUAUGGCCCUUCGCUCUUCUCCAGGUGGUGGGGCUCCCAGAGGAGACGCUGCAGGAACCCUUCUCGGGAUGGAGAAACACUGUGUCCCAUGGUUCUGUCUACCUGCUGAGCCGCCUGAUGUUCUUCCUACUGGGCUUCAUGCGAAUACGGGUGCGGGGUCAAAGGGCGUCGCGGCUCGAGGCUCCUAUCCUGGUGGCUGCUCCACAUUCCACCUUCUUUGAUCCAAUUAUCCUGCUCCCCUGUGACCUCCCCAAGGUGGUUUCUCGCACUGAGAACCUUCAUGUGCCAGUCAUUGGAGCCCUGCUGAGAUUCAACCAGGCCAUCCUGGUCUCCCGCCAUGACCCAGCUUCUCGCAAGAAGGUGGUGGAGGAAGUGAAAAGACGGGCAACUUCCCAGGGAAAAUGGCCGCAGGUCCUGUUUUUCCCAGAGGGAACCUGCUCAAACAAGAAAGCCUUAUUGAAGUUUAAACCAGGUGCCUUUAUAUCUGGCGUCCCCAUCCAGCCGGUCCUUAUCAGAUACCCCAACAGUCUGGAUUCAACAACCUGGGCCUGGAGAGGACCCGGCGUAUUAAAAGUCAUCUGGCUAACAGCGUCUCAGCUCUGCACUACUGUGGAAGUGGAGUUCCUCCCAGUUUAUCAACCCAGUGCUGAAGAGGCAGUGAACCCUACGCUGUAUGCUAACAACGUUCAAAAGGUCAUGGCCCGGGCCUUGGGAAUACCCGCCACGGAAUGUGAAUUUGUGGGCAACCUUCCAGUCACCGUAGUGGGGAGCCUGAGGGUGGCACUAGAGCCACGCAUCUGGGAAUUGGGCAAGGUCCUCCGCAAAGCCAGGUGUCUGACAGGGGGCGUCAAGAGCCAGUUGGAUCUACUGCCUGUUUGUCCAUCAGGGCGGCUAGGGCUGACAGAGCUGGCCCAUUGUUUGGGGCUGGCCGGCCCUGAGGAUGCGGAGGGGCUCUUGAACUAUUUUCAACAGGACACUGAUGGAAGUAUGGACUCCCGGGAAGUGGCCCUGGCCUUGGAAGCAUUAGAGAGGGAGUAUGACCCCCAGGAUCUGACAAGCCGUGCCUUUGAGCUGUUCUCAGAGACGCGCACUGGGACGGGGGACUGCCGGCUGCACCAAGAUGGAUUCUGUGCUAUUUUGCGUCUACUACUCGGUACACCCAGAGCAGAUGGGGCUGAACUCUAUAGUCGGCUCUGCAGGGACCACAGCCAGGAUGGACUCACCCUUGAUGAGUUCCAGGAUUUCUCUCUCCGUCACCCUGACUAUGCCCGCCUGUUUAGCACGUAUUUACGCCUCCCCAUGGCCCGCGCUCUGACCAAGCCGGGCCCCCCACCCACCUACGCUAACGGCAUCCCUGCAGCCUCUCUCAAAAGCAAGGCAGACUGAAAAUCUCCCAGACCUCUUUAGCCAUGUGUAUACAAAACAAAAAUCCCACACACAGCCAUGCCACACCCUUGGCCACGCAGACCCCCUCCCCCCUGCUCGCUUGCUAACUCCGUGCCGCCAUGGUGGUUGGGCAGAGGGGGGGCGGAGACACCCCCAUCUCAGGGCAACCGUAACCGGGGAACCACAACCGCAAGUUCUUUGGGGAUUGGGGCUUCUCGCCGUUUAUUUUAAAGUUUUUAUUUUUGUUAUGUUUAAUUAUAUCAUUUUAUUUUAUUUUACGUUUGUUAUUGUUGACCUCUUUUUUUUUCUUGUUUUCGUGAGGGGAAGGAAGGACAGAAGGAUGCUUUUGUUUCAUUUUCCGUUUUGUAAAAUAUAAAGAAGUGCUAUUUUAUAUAUAAAAUAAAUAUCUAUAUCUCUAUAAUAAAAGAUACAUGUAAUAUGUUUUAAAACAAA